AUGACAGCGUUGCAGAGGACCAUCGCACCUGUUUUACGGCGCCUUCUCAUUUUCGUCGGAGGCUAUCUAACCCCAGGCUACGUUCCGAUCAAUAAUGUGACCAACUUGAACCUGCCAGCGGUCACAGCGACAACGUCGGCGUUGGCGAGCGCUGCAGCGGUCGGUACAUCCAUCGAUGCAGCGUCGGUGGCGGCUCUAUCUGCGUCCUCUUCACCACCGCCCGAUCACCACAGACGGGCCAACUUGGCUUUGGCCACUCUCGUGGAACUUGCCAAGGGUCAGGAGGGCGAAAUGUCCAUCGGAAGAGACACAAGCAAUGGCAAGUCUUGUGAUCUCCUUUUGGUCUAA